GCGGUUGAGUUGAAAGACCUCCGGCUUAACACACGCGCCAUGGAGAAACUUGAUGGCGACCCCGUGCUUGGCAGUUGGCCUGCUCGCUGCCGCAAAGUUCCAGGCAAGCUCGUACUUACGGGCACGAGGCUAGUCCAUCUUGCUGAUCCUGGCCAAGAUGCUGCAGGACCCACGGUGGACAUCCAGCUGGGUGCUCGAAGCAUCAAGCUUGAGAUCGCAAAGAAGCGGCCGGGCUUCAACGAUGCCCUGGUCCGUCUCUCCAACCUGGACCCGGCUUUGGGGGGCAAGCUGGUCGUUGAGUUCUCUUCAGAGGCCUCAAAGUGGACGCAUUUGCGGGAGCUGUCAGAGAAGAUGCAGAGCCGCGAGGAGGAGAGCAAGCGUCUGGAGGAGGAGCAACGCAAGGAGGCAGAGCAGCUGGGCGGCCAGCUUCGUUCCGUCUUGGCCUCGCCAGAGCUCAGUGCGCAGUACCAGUACCUGGUGAAGCAAACGCAGAUCUUGACGCCCAAUGAGUUCUUGGAGGCACACUCCCAGGAGAUUGCCCUGUGCACCAAGCUGCCAGAGGCGCCCAGCAUCGACCUGGCACCCCUCCGCGUGGUGGCUGCCGCCCGUGGGCAGGCUGGGAAGGUGGGCCCAGAGGAUCGCGCAGCGAUCUUCAAGGAGCUCCCGGCAUUGGGGCAGCUCUUCAGCGCCACAGUGCCAUCCAUGAUGACGGAAGCCCAGUUCUGGGAGAGGUGCUUGAGGAGUCGGUACUUCCUGAAUGCUGCUGGCCAUGAGGUGCCUGCAUCGCACCCGGAGGACCGACUUUUCGAUUCACUUCAAUCCCCCCAGACAGAAGCGCAGCCUGAGUUGCCCGCAUGCGUGUCCCAUCCCGAAGCUGACUUGACGGGCGAAUUCGAACGUGACAAGGUCAUGGACAGGAGGACUGCGGCAAAUGCAAGCCUCAUCUCGCGUUUGAACCAGCGCAGUGCUGAGCUUGUGGCGACGCUUGAGCGUUCGGACGCAGAUUUGCGGCAAACUGUCGAGAAAAGACGCGCAGAGCUGAAGCAUGCCGCGCAAGCGUUCCAGGAGGAGCUUGGCACGGGGAAAGCAGCCCAGGGUCCCAGGAUUGCUCGAUUACAAUUGACAUCUGAGGCAGGCUCGCUGCCGGUUCCCAGCAUGCCCCAGAAACGAAAGCGCGACACAAAGCUGCCCGACUUGAAGUCGUGGGUGUGUGGGCAGUGUGCGAUUUCAGAAUCUGGCACUCGCUGGGUGCUCAAGUCUGCCACGGAGGAGCUGUUGGCAGCAGAACGGCUGUCAGCGGACCCCGGGGUGGAGAGCCAUGAGUCGACGGCUCCUGAUGACGUGAAGAAGGCCAUCACCUUGCUUCGGCACUUCUGGUCCAGCCACUGCAGCGAAUCUGGUUUGCGCGCAAGACUCGCGCAGGAAGCGGCAAAAUUGGUGUCGGUGCUGGAAGAGAUUAGCAGUGCAGCAAGUAGGGAGGAUAAGCUUUCUUGCCAAAGGGCAGCAAUGGCACGCUCUCUUAUUCCGCCAGUCCGCCGGAUCAUGUCGUUGAGCUGCGUACCGGCUGCGGACAAAAAGGUGGGCUCCAGAAUGCAGUGA